UGUGUGCUUGUGUCUUUAAGAAUAGCAGCCUACCUGUGAGCAUGAUCUACAGCCAACUCUUCACUGCGUUUCUUGUUAACAGAGUCACACAGGAGUUGAAUUCGCUGCUGCUCAUCACCGCACAUCAUGCCAGGACUCUUCCACCUCUGCGGACUGAAUCCAUACGGUGGAGCGCGGUCGUUUCUUCGCUCUUGCGCGGAUGGCAUCUGUCGCUUCCGUGGGAACUCUCUCCAAUAGGAAUCAUACAGCAACAAGCUCGCUAAAUGCGGACAUGGGUGUUCCUCCAGGCAUGCAUUUCCACGCAUUUUUGUUCCUGCUUUGACAGUUGCGACGCCGAUCCUCGCCGGGGUUCCUCCCCCGUCAUGUUUUUGGCGUCACUCUGAUAACUUUGAGACUGAUAGCACUUUUUUAUUUGGAUUUGCUGCGCCCUGGAUUUGCAGGAAUGGUUCACCGGAGCGUGCCGCGCGUCCUCCUGCCUGUAGGAAAGAACUUCAAACAGCCCUGGCUUUGACCACAUGCUCACCACUUCCAUGAUCUUGUAAAACAAAAAAGAAAAAAAUAGAAAGAAACAUAUAAAAACAGGGAGAGAUCAUGAGCAACCACAAGGGCGGCGGAAUGGCAUCGACGGACAGGCUGUAUGAGCUGUGGAUGUUGUAUUAUACAAAGAAAGAUGUGAGCUAUCUGCAGCAGUGGCUGGAGGUAUUUGUGGCGUCCUUUGAGAGGCUCAUUGAUGUUCAGUCGCUGGAGCCCCGGAGGCUGGAGGACUCCAGCUCGGAUGUGCCUUUGCUGCCCAGAGACGUCCUGGUGCUCCUCAGCACCCAGCUAUGGCACAGCGCCCUGCACCUCUCCGGAGCCUCCGAGCACAAGAGCAACACCCCACAUCCGCUGCUCCUCAUCAAGUUCUUCAUCAUCGUCUGCAGGAACAUGGAGAACAUCGACCCGGAGAAGACCCCGAGUUUCGUUUUUGAAACUAUCAAGCUUCUGAAUUUCUGCUUGGACCAGUUAAAGAAGGGACAAGGGGAAAAGUCUUCCCUGCAGUCGGUUGUGCAGUAUGGACUCGUGCUCUGUGAGAGUCUUUUCGACCCUUAUCAGACGUGGAGGAGACGCCUGGCAGGGGAGGAGGUGAGCUUGCUGGAGAGGAACAAGUACAAGUUCUCCCCGUUGGCCUUGCCAGAAGAGCUGCCUGCUCUCUUCCAUGAAAGUCUACAGGAAAGCGAGCAGAUCCCAGAGUUCCUCACGCUCAGAUUGGUUCAUCUCCAGGGUGCUGUCAUCAGCGGAGGAAAGAAAAAUGGCCUGCUCUCCAUCAGCCCUCACUCUGUCGAGGACCUGUUUUCUGUUUUGCGAGUUUGGUGCUGCCGGACCUACUCUGAACCCAAAGACACCAGACUCCCCCGGCAGACUCUGCAGUGCCUGACGGCCAUGAUCCACCUCCUGCACUCCAGCAGCCCGGUGGAGCGGCAGGUGGAGAUCAAGACGAUACUGGAGAGCUACUUCCAGCUCCUCAACUGGAACCGACCUCCUAGCGAGCAGCAGGACAGGCAGAGCUGGGAGGACAGCCUGAUCUCCCUCCAGAGCCAAAUGCUAACUGCUGUUCCGGAGAUCCUGCAGUGCUCCGACAGACCAGUCCUGCAGGCAGUCUUCCUCAACAACAACUGCUUCGAGCACAUCCUCAGACUCAUUCAGAACAGCAAGCUCUUUCAGAGCGACAGGCGUAGGCCGGAGCGUGAGGUUGUGUGUGACCUCACUACUCGUUUACUCACUGAGGUCGAAGUGGACCAGGUUUGGGAGAAAGGAUCUGACAGUAUUACAGUUCACGCCUUGGGAGUCCUCACAGCUAUAAUGAGCAACUCGCCCUCUGCUAAGGAGGUUUUCAAGGAGAGGAUUGGCUACCCCCAACUGUUUGAUGUGCUGAGGAGUCAAGGUAGCCCCACCAAAAGGCUGCUGCAGGAGCUGAUGAACAUGGCAGUGGAGGGUGAACAUGCUCACGCUCAUCAUCUUGGCAUCAGUAACGACCAGCCUUUACUGCUGCUCCUGCAGUGGCUUCCUGACCUGUCAGGUCAGAGGGACCUGCAGCUGCUGGUGGCCCAGUGGCUGGCUACUGUAUGUGGGGGCUCUUUGUCCUGCCGCACCGUGGCUGUGGAAGCCGGCAUGGUGGGAGCUUUGCUACAGGUUCUCUCUCAGCCCCAGAACCUGGACAGGCAGUGUGCAGAUGCCCUGCUGGGCCUCCUGCAGGAUUUAGGCUCCCUGUGUUUGAAACCAGAGGAGCUGAAGAGUCUCCUCAGACUCCUCAGGGUGGAUCAGGACAACGGUGCAGUGGUCGGAAGGGUGCACCCCUACUGCACUCGCAUCAUACGAGUGCUCUCAGCCAUGGCUGCCAGAGAAGGCCAGGACAGUGCCUUACAAUAUUUUGAUCUUACGCCCCCCAUGGCAGGAAUCAUGGUGCCCACAAUCCAACGCUGGCCAGGCAGUGGAUUUGCCUUUCACGCUUGGCUCUGCCUCAAUAUGGAGUUCCCCUCUUGUCAUUCAGACUUCAACAGCCGUAAACCUUCUGUCAGCGCUGGCAUGGGGGCUCAGCAUGACUUAGGAAAAGGACCACGGAGAAAGCAACUCUACAGCUUCUUCACAGCAAGUGGAACUGGACUGGAAGCCUUCUUCACCAUGGAGGGUGUGCUGGUGGUGGCUGUUUGCACUAAGAAAGACUACAUGGCUGUGGCUCUGCCAGAGUAUCCACUAGCUGACUCAUGCUGGCAUUCAGUGGCUAUAGUCCACAUCCCAGGCCGUCGUCCUUUCGGUCAGAACCUGGUCACCAUCUACAUCGACGGAGAGCAGCGUAAAACUGCUCAGCUUCGUUUUCCAUCUUUCAGUGAGCCUUUUACCUCCUGCUGCAUCGGCUCUGCAGGCCACCGCACCACUACCACCACCACCUCGCCCAACCUGCCCACAUCUUUCUCCACCAGUCCAACGCCUGAGUUCGCCUUCCCGUCCCAUGCCCCUCCCUCAUCCUCCCAGUCCUUCCCAGCCACCUUUGCAGGAGGCCGUUGGGGGUCUUUAGGCGACACCCCGGUUCACACCAUUCCAGCAGGACUCCAGGACACAGAGUGGGGAACACCCACAUCUCUGGACGGGCUCCUGGCCACCGCCUUCAUCUGCCACGAGGCUCUGCAGCCAGCCCAGACGAAAAAUCUCCAUGCUGCUGGCCCUAAUCACGUGUCCUUAUUCAAAGCGGAUGGAGAGUUAUCUGAUCUCAAUAGCAAGCUGCUGCUGUACUACACUCCACAGGCCUUUAAGAGUCAGAUAUGUCUGGACUUGGCUCCAAAUCACCAGUAUGAUGGCAGACUUACAGGACACAGAGUUGUGAACUGGGACAUCAAGGAUGUUGUAAAUGUGGUCGGAGGUAUAGGGGUUUUGCUGCCCCUGCUUGAGCAGGUAUGUGAGGCCGAGCAGGUUUACAACGGCGGUCAGGAGAACUCAGACUUGCUGGGACCGGAGCUCACCUCCUCCAGAGGCCCUGCUGCCAUGCUGCUGCCCCUGAACAAAUCUACAGAGGGCAGACUAGAGCGAAACAGUAUCGCUGCCUUCUUGCUGAUGAUGAAAAACCUGAUUCGUCAUCAUUCUGUCAAUCAGGAGAGCCUCCUGCAGUGCCACGGGCCGAGCAUCAUCGGAGCAAUGCUCAGCAAAGUUCCCGGCAGUAUGAUGGACAUGAAUGUUUUAAUGGCGUGUCAGCUGCUGCUGGAGCAGGUUUUCAGUGAGGGCAACAGUCCACUCCUACAGCAGCUCUACCAGCACCUGCUCUUCAAUUUCCGCAUCUGGACUAAAAGCCAUUUCGCUGUUUGUCUGGGACACGUGCAAUACCUGUCAUCCGUGAUAAACAAAAGCAAGCAGCGCAUGAAGAGAAAGUACGGGGUUCCCUACAUUCUGGACACCAUUCGAACAUACUACAGUUUGGAGAAAGAUGGCAGCACUCUGUCUGAUGAGAAGCAGACGAUUCAGACGUCUCUGUUUGCUUUGCUGAAAGAUUUUCUCAAAUCUCCGACACAAGAGGAACUGCACAGCGUUCUGGCCUACAUUGUGUCUGUGGGAGAGGAGCAGCAGGUGGUGAGGGCUCUGGACGUGCUGUAUGAGCUGUUGAGGAGCAGCCCUCCUCGGGAGCAGGUGCAGGCCGUGCUGCUGGAGUGGGGCGUGGAGCAGCUCUACUGCUUGCUGCUCAAUCCGAGCUUCGGGGAUGAAGCCAGAGAGAGAAUUUUCAGGGUUUUGUACAAGCUCCUCAAGAGCGAGCGAGUGUCUGAGCGCAACAAGCAGCGCAUUAAGCUGAAGGACUUGGGCUACCUCGGCCUAGUUUGUUGUCUCGAUGAGGUUCCUGUUACAAUGACCACUGUGCGCUGUCUGUACGAGCAGGUCCUCGCUACAGAUCCCAGUCCGAACUUCAGAGACCUGCUGGCUGUGGUCUGUUUGUCCCAUCGAGCUGAGCUCACCGUCCGACUGGACAUCUGCCGGAAGCUCUUUCAUCUGAUCUACUCCAAUGAGGAUUAUGUGAAGCAGCUCGCCAAGCAGCCCGGCUGGCAGGACGUUCUCACCAAACUCUACGUCAAAGAGUCGUACGAGUCCCACGCUGCCAGCAUCGCAGACUCCAGCACCCACAGCUCCAUCGAACCAAACUACCGGCCGCCGCUGCGCAGAGAUCAGGCUCUGGUCAUCGAGGACGCCCGCAACGACAUCUUCCUGACCUACCGAAACUCGCAGGACAUGGAGGACGAGGAGGAGGACGAUGAAGGCGGUCAGCGGGACAACUCUGAGGGAUACUCCGACUUGUCCCAGUCACCUUCCAGCGGAGGAGGAGAAACGCUGAAGAACUUCACAGGCUCUCUUCAUUUUAAGUCCUUUGAUUCGGCGGAUCAGGGGAGCCACUCCUCCUCCACUUCCAAUGCAGUUGAUAUAAACUCGUCUCGUCCCGAAGAAGAAGGGAGGGACUACCAGCCGCUUUCUCCUUUUGGUACAUCGCCCUUUGACUUGGAAUUGGGAGGCAUUGGCGAGACUGGACCACACACUCCUGCAGGAAGUCUCAACAACACACCAUCUCCUCUAGAGCACUGCAAACCAUUUCCUCCCAGACCAAGGAAGAGCUCCAGUUUGUCCAACGUGCUGGACGACACCAGCUAUGGGACGGAUCCUCCAACUGGUGACACCAUCUCCAACACUUCCAACCCACAGCAGACCCCUGAGGAGGAGCUGUGCAACCUGCUAACCAACAUCGUUUUCUCGGUGUUGUGGAGCGGUUCGGGAGCCGAGGGAGCCGAGGAUGUAGUUUGGCGAGAAAGAGGACAAGUAUUUUCCGUUCUCACCAAACUGGGCUCGUCCUGCCAGCUGGUCCGUCCUCCCGAUGACAUCAAGCGCAGUCUGCUGGAGAUGAUGCUGGAGUCGUCGCUGUCCGACCUGAGGGACGCUCAGGGGGUGUCGCUGCCUUUCUGCCCCAGCCUGGUUCGGCUGCUCAGGCUGCUGCAGGACUUCCUGUUUGCUGAGGGGACAGACAACCGAGCGCUUUGGAGUGAAAAGAUCUUCGAGGGGGUGGUGAACCUGCUGGACAAGUUGCAGGCCUGGCACAGCACCCCUGGCAGCCCUGGAAACGUGGAGCUCAAAGAAAUGGCCCAGAUCGGCCUGAGAAUCAUCACGGGAUACAUCCAGCAGCAGCACUCAACGGUGUGCGUGAUGGCCUACGUGAAGCUCCACAGCCUCCUCCAGACGGUGCUCUGCCUGAGCUGGGAGGAGGUUUGCUUCCUGCUGGGGCAGCUCGGCGCCCCCCUGUGGCCGGGAGGCGUCAUGGACGGCACCAACUGCGGACACCCCGAGACUUUCUCCCAGCUGGUGCCCAUCGUUCGGACGCUUCUGGACCAGCACGCCGACCCUGUCACCCUCCAGAGCCUCCUGCCCAACCUGCCCAUCACCAACGGCAGCACCACUUUCGCCCAGGACCUGAAGGCUUACUGUCACACCCUGGAGUGGCAGGGAUUUUACCAGAAUCAGGUUCAGCCCACCAUGGAGCAGUACGAGCUGGACACGUUCGGGAGGAGCCAUGACAUCAUGUCCAACUUCUGGAACUCCUGCUUCGAUGACCUGAUGAGCAUGAUCUUCAGGCGGGACAAAGACAGAUCUGACAGCAAAUCCAAAUUCCAGGAAGCGAUAGUCGACCCCUGCCUGAAGCGAGCCAGAACUGAGAACAGCAGGUACACGGUUUGGCAGAAGCAGAACUCCAGCCAGCAGGUGGUGGUGUGGCAGCACUGGAAAGCUCUGCGAAGGCUGCUGACCAGUGAGAGGGGAGCGUGGGCCAACAGAGUUCAACCGGAGGUCAAAUGGAAACUGUCAAACGCAGAAACCUACUCAAAGAUGCGUCUCAAACUUGUGCCCAACUACAACUAUGAUCCCCACAGCGAGGCCAGCGCCUUAAGGGACAACAUGGGAGCUGAAAGUCCUCGUAGCUCUGAACCCAUCCCACUGGCUGUUGCUAAGGAAGCAAAAGUGAGCGACAUGGAGGAUGACCAGUUAGGAGAGGAGGACCUCGUCUUUUUGGACAACAAGGUGGAGGGAGAAGACGAAAGCCAGAAAGAAAAGCUGGUUUUGUCUGAAGACUGUGAGCUCAUCACCAUCGUGGCGGUUGUUCCGGGUCGUCUGGAGGUCACCACCCAUCAUCUUUACUUCUACGACGGCAGCAGUGAGAAAGAAGAGACGGAGGAAGGAAUUGGGUUCGAUUUCAAAAGACCUCUGUCUCAGUUGCGAGAAGUUCAUCUGAGGCGCUACAACCUGCGACGGUCUGCACUGGAGCUUUUCUUUAUCGACCAGGCUCAUUACUUCAUCAACUUCAAGAAGAAGGUACGAAACAAAGUCUACUCCAGAAUUCUGGGACUCCGGCCUCCAAACCUGUUUUAUUUUGGCUCCCGAUCCCCUCAAGAGCUGCUGAAGGCAUCCGGGCUGACACAGAAAUGGGUGUGCAGAGAAAUCUCCAACUUUGAGUAUCUGAUGCAGCUGAACACCAUCGCUGGACGCACUUACAAUGACCUGUCGCAGUACCCUGUGUUCCCCUGGGUCUUGUGUGACUACACAUCUCCCGAUCUGGAUCUGGAGAACCCAGCAGUUUUCAGAGACUUGUCCAAACCCAUCGGCGUGGUCAACCCACGUCAUGCACAGAAUGUCAGAGAAAAAUAUGAGAGCUUUGAGGACCCAACAGGCACCAUUGACAAAUUCCACUAUGGCACACACUACUCGAACGCAGCAGGAGUCAUGCACUACAUGAUCCGCAUGGAGCCCUUCACCACCCUGCAUAUCCAGCUGCAGAGUGGCAGGUUUGACUGUGCAGACAGACAGUUCCACUCGGUGGCAGCAGCCUGGCAGGCUCGCAUGGAGAGUCCAGCUGACGUCAAAGAGCUCAUCCCCGAGUUCUUCUACUACCCAGAAUUCCUGCAGAACAUGAACGGCUUCGACUUGGGCAGCUUGCAGAUAUCUCAGGACGCAGUGACAGACGUUGUGCUGCCUCGGUGGGCGACGUCAAGGGAGGACUUCAUCAGAAAACACAAGAAGGCCCUGGAAUGUGAGCAUGUGUCCAGUCACCUCCACGAGUGGAUCGAUCUGAUCUUUGGAUAUAAGCAGAGAGGCGAAGAGGCCGUGGACGCUCUCAAUGUCUUCUACUACUGCACUUAUGAGGGUGCAGUAGAUCUGGAUGCAAUAGCCAAUGAGAACGAGCGUAAGGCUUUGGAAGGCAUCAUCAGCAACUUUGGACAGACACCCUGCCAGCUCCUCAAAGAGCCUCAUCCUACUCGCAUGUCGGCUGAGAACGCAGCGAGGCGGCUGGCCCGCCUGGACACUCUGCCCCCGAAUCUGUUUGAGCAGCUUCAAAAACUCCGACCAUUCGUGGAGGUGGUGAGUGAUGGUCUUCCUCUAGUCCAAGCAGUCGUACCAAAGAACCAGAAUCACUCCUUCAUCAUCCAGGGUUCUGAUAUUCUGGUGACUGUGAGCUCCAGCGGUUUGAUCGGGACACACAGCUGGCUGCCAUACGACAAAAACAUCGCCAACUACUUCACCUUCACUAAAGACCCAACCAUGUCUAAUCCCAAGACUCAGCGAUUCCUGAGCGGACCUUUCUCUCCCGGCGUGGAGAUCAGCGCUCAGGUGCUGGUGGUGUCCAACGAUGGCCGGCUGCUGUUCAGCGGAGGACACUGGGACUGUAGUCUGAGAGUCACCCAGCUGGGGAAGGGCAAGCUGGUGGGCAGGAUCUGCCGGCACAUUGACGUCGUGACUUGUUUGGCUCUGGAUCUCUGUGGCAUCUACCUCAUCUCUGGUUCAAGGGACACAUCCUGUAUAGUGUGGCAGGUUCUACAACAGGGUGGUUUCUCCAGCGGCCUUUCUCCUCGGCCGGUGCAGAUUCUCUGUGGACACGACCAGGAAGUGACCUGUGUGGCCAUCAGCACUGAACUCGACAUGGCUGUCUCAGGGUCAAAGGAUGGAACUGUGAUCGUCCACACGGUCCGGCGAGGCCAGUUCCUCCGAACGCUGCGUCCCCCCGGUGACAGCUGCGUUCCUGCCCAGAUCUCGGAGCUCCAGGUGGGCAUGGAGGGCCACAUCGUGGUGCAGACGUCUCUGGAGGAACGAUCCCACAGGAAGGGCAAAUACUCCAUCCAUGUUUACUCAGUCAACGGCUGCCUGCUGUCGUCCUUCUCCAUGGAGGAGCAGGUGACGGCGCUUCACCUGGUGUCUGAAUACGUCAUCCUGGGGACCAUGCAGGGAGCCCUCCACAUUCGAGAUUUAUGCAGCCUGGAUGCUUUGGUAACACCUCUGGCCCUGAGGGUGCCUGUGAGGAGUGUGUCCGUCACCAAAGAGUGCAGCCACAUCCUGGUGGGGCUGGAGGACGGGAAGCUGAUCGUGGUGGGGGCGGGGAAGCCCGAGGAGGUUCGCUCAGGACAAUUCUCUCGUCGCCUUUGGGGCUCCACACGCCGAAUCUCUCAGGUGUCGUCGGGUGAAACCGAGUACAAUCCCACGGAGAGUGCUGGGAAAUGAGACAGACAAAAAAAAAAAACUCCUCCUUCUCUUUACAAGCUGGGAAACUGUCCUCCUCAGCAACUGAUCUCUCUGAGAGAGCAACUAUACACUGAGCACUUUUUAAAGGAAAUUCUUAGAUGAUUUUUAUAUUUUAUUGUGUAUUUCACUUUUUUUUAAAAAAAAUCAGCAUCAUUCCAAAGAAGUGGCCUUGCUGAGGUUGUGAACUGCACUCUGAGUCAUAUUCCAGGGGGUUGGCUCACUCUGAUGCACACUCAGCCUCAGACACAGUAAAAAGUGACGCUGUGAACUCUUUCGGGAUCCAGAUUUUCUGCUCCUUUACUGUCCGAGGCACAGCCGCGAUCCCUGUACUGUUGAAUAUCCCAAAGCCGUCGCUUGGCAUCUUCUUAGAACUCCUUGAAACUUGAAACAAAAACAAAACUACAGUGAGAUGAGAUUCCAAUAUUGCAAUACUGGCAAGCACCACAAGAGGGUUUUGUAGAGAGAACUCCUGCUGUGUUAUCAUUUUUAGCGGUUGACAGAAAUGCACCGCCGCACCACCGUUUAUAAUCGUGCAUUCCUUCUCGGCAACUGUUACACUUAAAGCAAUAAGUGCUUUAAUGGUCAAGUAUGUGAAAUAUAUUCACUUUUUUCUUUAUCCUCAUGGUGGAGCGGAGAUGCAAAAGGAGAUCCGUCUGUUGCCUUACACACAGUAAGUCUUUACAAAUGCUCCUGUAGUAGUUUUAUUACUCUGCUCGCCACAUGACUAUAUAAACUCCUUUUAUUUGAUCUGAAAAGUGCCUUCCCCCCCCCCUUAGGCCUUGUAUAAACACUGAAUUCCAAUCUUGAAUUUCUGCGUCAGAUGGCUCUAUUUAUCAGAUUUUAAUCCCUUUUCAUCAUCCUUCCUUGCUCCGCUGUGACUCAGACGUGGAUAAGUUGAUGUUAAUGAACUCGGUAAACUGCUGGCUGGACUCGCUUACUUGCCUGUACUGGUAUUGUGCCGUUUAUGAGAACAUCUGAAGACACGAUGACUCCGAGAGUCUGUGAGCGAGCUUUAGAGGAAUUCACUUCCUGCCAGCAACUCUUAUUUUUUUUUGUUACUGCGGUUGGAACAAAGUAGUUGUUAUGCAGUGUCAUGAUGGGGCAGAGACAAAGGGAACUAUGUGGGAGAAUGCACAGCCCCAAACAUGUUGCACACGUACAAAUUACCUUGUCUGUCCCGGCGAUGCUCUGAAUAAAUGGAAACAAAUGCGAAGGAAACUAUAUUUGAAAUGCUGUUUACUCUGGAACAAUACAAAUACGACACAGCUACGGCCGUAAAAUGAGACUAAGAUUAUAAAUUGUGCGACUGAGACGGUGUGUGAAUAUAAAAGGGUUGUUUACAUGCAGCUGUUGAGUGGGGGGAAAAAGUUUGUGAAUGCUGAGAAAGUUUUGUCCUUACAGUCACAGUCCUCCACCAGAAUAAAUAAGUGUAAGUCGUGCUGUAUAUAAUGUUCGUUUUGUUCAGAUUGAUCCGACAGAAUGCCUUAUUUAAAGGCCAGCACUGCCUUGAAUUUGGACUCGAUCCAUUCCUCUUUAACCACUAUUAUUUAGCGUUUGUAUUGUUCUUUAAAGAUGUUCAAAAUACAGCUGACUUUUUGAAAAUCA